AAUAAAAAUAAUUCUACAGGAUAUUCAUGAUUCAAUUCAAUGGUUAAAAAAUUACCACACUGGUGAUGUUGCACCGUAAACUAGCUCUUCAAACAAUGUGGGUGGUUGCAUGAUUGAGGGUUUGAUUCAACAUAGGUGCAGAUUCUGGCGACCCCAACAUUCAAUAUUUUUCUGCAUUUGUUUGGAUUCAUCAUUAUAGGAACCAGAAUUGGUGUUGCUAUUGAAGGGAACAUGAACAUGUGUUGAAAAAAGAUUACGAGACAUGUUUUUAGGAAUUCACAAAAGAUGGUUUUUGGGCUUGGAUAUCAACAAGGUUCAGGUUUCUUAAUUCAACCAAGGGGAUUCCAUGAUGAAAUUAUGCAUAGCGGUGUGAGAUUCAUCACGUACAAGCAAUGAAUCCAAGGUGUGAAGAAACAACGAGGGAUUCAGAGAUUUUCUUCUUUAGUUGGAAAUAUACAUGGCAUCUUUUGAGUGGAAUUAGAACACCAUGUCAAGAUGGAUUUCAUGGUGUUUCAGUCACAUAAUAUAGUUUUCUGAUCGUGUUUAAUGUGUCAUUUUACUCGUUUGUUAUUGGGGAACAAACCAAGAGAAAGAGAACAAAAAGUUUGAGUUUGAGAGAGAAUUUAGGAAAUUAGUUAGAAACAUUGAAAAAAGAGUGAGGCAAAAAGCAAGGAAGAAAUAAAGGGGAGAUAGUUGCAGAGGAGGGGUUAGCAUAGCAUAGGUUGGAAUUGCAUCUUCUUCUUCUUGUGAAGCCUCUUCUGCAACGACAAUUUCCCAUUUCACAUCUUCCAAUCUUGAUAGCAAGAAAGAACAGCAUUGCAGUAGAUUAUAACAAGUUUCUUUAGUUAGAGGUAGAGAAUUCAGCAAGAAAUUACUCAUUGCACCCUUUGGUAUUAGCAAGAAUUUCAGGGUGGGUUUUCUUCACAUUAAUUGGUUGGUAGCUUCUGGUGAUGAAAUCUCAGGUUUGAGCAGCUGAUUCUGGUAUCCAUUUGGGUGCAUCAUAUUUCAUUUACAAUGGCUGCACAACUCAAUUUUGUAGUUGGAUCUCAUGUUUGGAUUGAGGACCCUGAUGAAGCUUGGAUGGAUGGAGAAAUUGUGGAAUCCAAAGAUGAUGAGAUCACAGUUAGCUGUGAAUCAGGCAUGAAGGUUGUGAGCAAAACAGCUAAUAUCUAUCCCAAAGAUCCUGAAUUCCCGCCAAACGGUGUGGAAGAUAUGACAAGGCUAGCAUAUCUGCAUGAACCAGGGGUCCUUCAAAAUUUGCAAGUUCGAUAUGACUUGAAUGAAAUAUAUACAUACACAGGGAACAUAUUGAUAGCAGUGAACCCUUUUCAAAGGUUACCUCAUUUGUCUUCCAAUAGUACGAUGGCACAGUAUAAAGCUGCGGCUUUUGGUGAGCAGAGCCCCCAUCCUUUUGCAAUUGCAGGUUCUGCAUAUAGGAAGAUGAUAAAUGAAGGAGCAAGUCAAGCUAUUUUGGUUAGUGGAGAAAGUGGAGCUGGUAAAACAGAAAGUACAAAGAUGCUUAUGCAUUAUCUUGCCUUUCUGGGAGGGAGAGCAGCAACUGAGGGACGCUCUGUGGAGCAACAAGUUCUGGAGUCCAAUCCUGUUUUAGAAGCAUUUGGUAAUGCAAAGACUGUUAGGAAUAAUAAUUCAAGUCGUUUUGGUAAGUUUGUGGAGAUUCAGUUUGAUCAGAGGGGAAGAAUUUCAGGAGCUGCUAUCAGAACUUAUUUGUUGGAACGAUCCCGCGUAUGUCAAGUUUCUGAUCCUGAGAGAAAUUAUCAUUGCUUUUAUAUGCUUUGCGCUGCACCACAAGAGGAUGUUAAUAGGUACAAAUUAGGAAAUCCAAGAACAUUUCAUUACCUUAAUCAAUCAAAUUGCUAUGAGCUGGAUGGCGUGGAUGAUUCUAAGGAGUACCUUGAUACAAGGAGAGCUAUGGAUGUCGUUGGGAUCAGCUCUGAUGAGCAGGAUGCCAUAUUUCGAAUAGUAGCUGCUGUACUUCAUUUAGGAAACAUUGAAUUUAUCAAGGGAGUGAAUGAUGAGAUGGAUUCCUCUGAACCCAAAGAUGAAAAAUCCCGUUUCCACCUAAAAACUGCAGCUGAACUUUUGAUGUGUGAUGAAAGUUCCCUUGAAGACUCCUUUUGUAAACGUGUUAUGGUGACUCGUGGUGAGGCUAUAACAAAAUGGCUUGAUCCAAACUCUGCAGCUCUCAGUAGAGAUGCAUUAGCUAAAAUAGUUUAUUCAAGGCUUUUUGACUGGAUUGUGGACAAGAUUAACAACUCUAUUGGGCAAGAUCCAAAUUCACAGUACUUAAUUGGGGUUCUGGAUAUAUAUGGAUUUGAGAGUUUCAAGACUAACAGCUUUGAGCAAUUUUGUAUCAAUUUGACAAAUGAAAAAUUACAGCAACAUUUCAACCAGCAUGUCUUCAAAAUGGAGCAAGAGGAAUAUACAAAGGAAGAGAUUGAUUGGAGUUAUAUAGAGUUUGUUGAUAAUCAAGAUGUUCUUGAUCUUAUAGAGAAGAAGCCCGGCGGUAUUAUUGCUCUUCUGGAUGAGGCUUGUAUGUUUCCAAGAUCAACGCAUGAAACAUUAGCUGAAAAGCUAUAUCAAACAUUUAAGGACAAUAAACGCUUCAACAAGCCAAAGUUAUCUCGUACUGACUUCACGAUCAACCACUAUGCCGGUGACGUCACUUAUCAAACUGACCUUUUCCUUGAUAAGAAUAAAGACUAUGUUGUUCCAGAGCAUGCUGCCCUACUCAGCGCUUCGAAGUGCUCCUUCGUUUCAGGGCUUUUCCCACCUUUAUCUGAGGAAACUUCUAAAUCUACAAAGUUCUCUUCUGUAGCCUCUCAGUUUAAGCUACAACUGCAAUCUUUACUUGAAACACUGAGUGCUACUGAGCCACACUACAUUCGUUGCGUAAAGCCAAAUAAUCUUCUUAAGCCAGGGAUAUUCGAGAACAACAAUAUCUUGCAACAGCUUCGGUGUGGGGGAGUUAUGGAGGCAAUUAGGAUAAGUUGUGCAGGAUAUCCCACUAGAAAGCACUUUGAUGAAUUUGUUCAGCGGUUUAGUAUCUUGGAACCUAAGGUUCUUAAAUCAUGCCCUGACGAGGUGACUGCUUGCAAGAGGCUUCUAGACAGAGCGAACCUUAAAGAUUAUCAGAUUGGAAAGACAAAAGUGUUUCUGAGAGCAGGUCAAAUGGCAGAACUUGAUGCAUGUCGUGCUGAGGUCUUAGGAAGAUCUGCAAGCAUUAUUCAGAGAAAAGUUCGCACAUUUAUUUCUCAGAAACACUUCAGUUUAUUAAGAUGCUCUGCCAUAGAGCUACAAAGGGUUUCUAGAGGACAACUUGCACGCCAUCAGUAUGAGUGCAUGAGGAGGGAAGCAGCUUCUUUGAAAAUCCAAAAACACUUCCGCAUGCAUCUUUCCCAAAAUGCUUACAAAACUAUUUAUGCCGCAGCUGUUUGUAUUCAAACUGGUAUGCGAGGGAUGGAUGCUAGAAAUAACCUUAGAUUCCGGAGGCGGGCACAUGCUGCAAUUGUUAUUCAGGGUUACUACAGAGGUUAUUUAGCUCGUACAUAUUUCCGAAGGCUAAAGAAAGCAGCAAUUGUUGCACAAUGUUCCUGGAGGAGAACCAUUGCACGUAGAGAACUUCGAAAGCUUAAAAUGGCUGCUAAGGAAGCCAAGGCUCUAGAAGCUGCCAAAAUUAAUCUAGAAAAGCAAGUUGAAGAACUAACCAUGAGUCUACAAGCAGAGAAGAGAAUGAGGGAAGCCGAGACACAGGAAAACGAAAAAUUACAACAUGCUUUGCGAGAGAUGGAGCUUCAAUUCCAAGAAACUAAGGCAACACUAAUCCAGGAGACACAGGAAAAUGAAAGAUUACAACAUGCGUUGCGAGAGAUGGAGCUUCAGUUCCAAGAAACUAACUCAACACUAAUUCAGAAACGUGAGGCUACCAACAAAGAAGCUGAGAAAACUCCAACUAUACAAGAUUUUUCUGUUAAUGUUGUUGACAAUGAAUUGAUUGAUAAGCUUACUGCUGAAAAUGAAAAACUUAAGGAGAUGGUUAAUUCAUUGGAAAAGAAAACUACACAGGAGUUUCCUGUUAAUGUUACUGAAAAUGAAGUAAUCAAUAAGCUUAGUUCUGAAAAUGAACAUCUCAAGGAUCUUGUUGGUUCAUUAGAAAGAAAAUUUGAUGAAACAGAGAGGAAAUAUGAAGAAAGUAGCAGGCUUAGUGAAGAGCGCAUGAAUCAAAUUAUAGAGACGGAAUCAAAGAUCAUUGAUCUAAAGACCAAUAUGCAGAGGCUUGAAGAAAAACUCUCUGAUAUGGAAACUGAGAAUCAAAUUUUGCGGAAGCAAUCACUGCUUAGUUCAUCAUCCCAGAGAAUGUCAGGAAAAUUUACACCUGCUACCGCUCCGCCUUUGGAAAAUGGUCAUCAGGCACCAGCAAAGACAUUUGGUUCAGAAGUGAGGAGAUCUCAAAUGGAGAAGCAUCAUGAGAGUGUUGAUGCUCUAUUCAAUUGUGUGGCAAAAGAUCUUGGGUUCUCAGAAGGAAAACCUGUUGCAGCAUUUACAAUUUAUAACUGUCUUCUACAUUGGAGAUUUUUUGAAGCAGAAAAGACAAGUAUAUUUGAUCGUCUUAUUCAGCUGAUUGGUUCUGCAAUAGAGGAUCAGGACAAUCAUGAUUCUAUGGCUUAUUGGUUGUCCAAUACGUCUGCAUUGUUUUUCCACCUUCAUCAAUGUCUAAAAGUACCUACAUCAACAUCAGGGAAGCCACCAACUCCAAAUCCAAAUCCAACGACAUUUAUGGCAAAGAUUACCAGGAGUUUCCGCUCAUCUUCCAACAGCCUUUCCAGUAAUGCAAUGGAUGUAGAGAAUCUGGUUGAGGCCAAGUAUCCAGCUUUGCUUUUCAAGCAACAGCUUGCAGCUUAUGUCGAAACAAUAUAUGGAAUUAUUCGAGAAAAUUUGAAGAAAGACUUGUCACCUCUGCUUUCUUCUUGCAUUCAGGCUCACAGAAAGCCAAGUGACAAUGGCCAUCCAGCUGGUUCUUGGUUUAGCAUAAUUGAGUGCCUUAAUAAAUUUCUCAAGAUUCUGAAAGAAAAUCAUGUGCCUCCAGUUCUAGUUCAGAAGAUAUUCAAUCAAAUUUUUCAAUAUAUCAAUAUGGAACUGUUUAAUAGCCUUCUUUUACAUCGAGAAAACUGCACAUUCACCAAUGGAGAACAUGUUAAAGCAGGGUUGGCCGAAUUAGAGCUAUGGUGUAGUGACGUAACGGAGGAGUACGCUGGCUCAUCUUUGGACGAACUCAAGCAUGCUAGGCAAGCAGUUAGAUUCUUGGUUACACAAGAGAAGGAUGGACUUUUGUAUGAUGAUCUUACAAAUGAUCUCUGCCCUGUCCUGAGUUCUAAUCAGCUCUAUAGAAUAUGUACACUUUACUGGGAUGUCAAUGACAAUACGCAAAAUGUAUCAUCGGAUGUCACUACUAGAUUGAAGCUUCUAAUGACAGAUGGUGUGGAAGAUGAUGACAAAUCGUUCUUGUUGGAAGACAAUUCAUGUCAUCCUAUUAACAUUGAAGAGUUUCCUAAGACUCGUCUAGAUAAGGCCGCUGCCAGAGUAAAACCUCCUGCAGAACUUCUUGAGAAAGCAUCAUUCCAAUUCUUACAUGAUUAUUGUUAGUCUACAUGUUAUUCACCUUAGCUUUCCAGGUUCAAAAUGUCUUCUCUGGUUAAACACCAUGCUGUAAAUCCACCCAUUCCUUCCCCUUUCUUGUAUUUUUAGUGGUAUCCAUAUAUUAUAUGGUUGUGAUAGCAAAAAGGCAGGGUAGGUUUAUAAUUCCUGUUAGCAUUUUCUUUUGGCCUCCAGUUUUUGUAGUUUAUAUGGGUAUAUGGAUGUCCACUAGGGGCACAAAUCUUUGUAUUAGAACAAGGAAAGAAAAGUAAAAUGUGUAAAAUGAUAGGAAUUGAUCCAGUAGAUUGUUGUUCUGCCCUUUAAAUUUGACAUUAAAGAAUGUGGCAUGUUAUCUUCAAAUGCUAUGGUGAAAUUGCUCAUUUACUCAAAGCAGCACUCUUUGUAAUAAUUAAACCAUUUGAAUUAUGAGGC